UCCUCUUUCGUUUUCUCAGGUGACGUAUUUGAACUGGUACUUGCAACCCUACAAACAUCCAACUCCACUCCAAGUAGCAUAGCAUCAUCAAUCAAUGAACUCAAACAUAUCCUCUAAACCCUAGAUUCCUAAAAACCCUCCAUCUCUCCCAAUUCUCUCUCUCUCUCUCUCUCUCUCUCUCUCUCUCUCUCUCUCUCUCUAUGUAUUUAUAGUAGGUUUCAAGUAGACACCAGUCCCAAAACCAACUCCCAUUCCCAAUGGACUUAAGAGAACCACUACCACCACACCACCACCACCCACAACCGCCGCCGGGCAUGAUGGCGGGCCCACCACCAAACUCAUAUAACACUCCCAAUUUACCCAACAACAACAAUACCAUUAACGCUAACUCUCCCCUGUUGCAAAACCCUAGGUUCCCUUUCAAUUCCGGGGGACCAAAGCCCAUGGAGUCCAUGAACUUGCAAUACGGCGACGGAUCACACCUGGUACUGCCGCCGCCGGCACCGUCUGGGUUCAGCAUUGAGUCGGGGAAGAAGAAGCGGGGCCGGCCGAGGAAGUACUCGCCCGACAGCAACAUUGCGCUCGGGCUGGCCCCCUCUCCUUCCCCUGUAACCCCAUUAACCGCUGCCUCGCCCUUGGCCGUGGUGGGCCACGGGGAUUCCGGCGGUGGGCAGACGUCCUCGGACCCCUCCCAGGCGAAGCGGAGCAGGGGGCGGCCGCCUGGGUCGGGAAAGAAACAAUUGGAUGCCUUAGGAUCGUUCGGGGUUAGUUUUACGCCGCAUGUUAUAUUGGUCAAAGCGGGGGAGGAUAUAGCAUCACAGAUCAUGGCUUUUUCACAGCAAGGACCACGUACUGUUUGUAUUCUGUCUGCUAAUGGUGCUGUCAGCAAUAUCACCCUUCGCCAGCCAGCAAUGUCUGGUGGCACUGUGACAUAUGAGGGCCGAUUUGAAAUUAUCUCUUUGUCAGGUUCUUUCUUCCUGUCAGAAAGUAAUGGUAGCCGCAGCAGAACAGGUGGUCUUAGUGUGUCCUUGGCAGGGUCAGAUGGACGAGUUUUAGGUGGUGGAGUUGCAGGAAUGCUUGUGGCAGCAACACCAGUACAGGUUAUUGUUGGUAGCUUCAUUGCAGAUGGAAAGAAAUCAAAAUCAGGGCCACCCUCAGCAUCAAUGUCCAAUAUGUUGAACUUCAGUGAACCAGUUGCUGCGGAAAGUCCUCCCUCCCAAGGACACUCAAGUGAGUCGUCUGAUGAGAAUGGUGGCAGUCCAUUUAAUAGGGUCUCAGGGCCUUAUAAUAAUGCUAGCCAACCCGUUCAUAAUACUAUGCCCAUGUAUCAAAUAUGGGCUGGGGAAACUCAAUGUGAAGAUGGUUUCCGGUUCAUGGUACUUUGCUUCUGUUUAGAUGACCGGCUUAGUUGAUGCCCUGUAUGGGAGGUUUAGAGGUUGAUUUGCAGAUGCUAACCAGCAAUUACGUGAGCCCUUCUCUCUUUCUUGUGGUUGACCCGAGUUUCUCUUAUUUAGCAUUUACAUUGUGAGUUGGUUCUCAUUUUCUUUGUUCUUGUUUUACAAUCGGAGUGAAACAUUGGCUAAUUUGACCAAAGUUGAGGGCGCAUGAUUUCUUCAACAUAUACGUGUUUCUUAGGUUCGACUAUCUAUCUCAGUUAGUUUCGGCUA